UUUGCGUGACGCAUCGUAAUUUUGCUCGACAUUGUAGAGGUAGAGAUAAAAGAUUAUAGGUUACAUUCCAAAACGUUCUUCGAGGAAAGUUUCACUGUAGUAUAUGUUACGUGUAUUAUUUUGAGUAAAAUUGUCCUCGGAGAGGACGUUUUGGAACGUAGCCUAGGAACGAAAUAUUCUUCCUAUUCUGAAUUGCGCGCAUUCCACCAUGAGGCAGGUCACGAAAAAUGGGACAGUAUUCAUAUGUGAUAAUUGUAAUGCUGUUAUAGCAGGUGGCAUAGCUGCCAAAAAGCAUUACGAAAACUGUACAAUACAGAAGAACAACAGUGAAACAAAAGACUCAGAUCCUUUAAACAUUCCUGUAAGUAAUGAAAAAGAAUUACUCAUUGCUGAAGUUUUCAGCAAUUUUUUUAGAGAGCCUUUGUGGAAUUCACUAAUCCCAUAUGCUGAAAGGAAUCAUAAUAUUACAGCAGCAUUGUGGCAUGAAAUUGAUACAGUUUUAGGUGUACAGAAAGGACAUAGUCAGAAAACAUUUAAAUCAUUAAGAGAUCGCUUUCUCAGACUGAUAGCUGAGGAAGACAAAUCUAAGCGCAGUGGCAGUGCUGCAAGUAGCACAAUUGAUUGGAAAUACUUUACACAGCUGAAUUUCCUUCGUCCUACCGUAGAAUACAGACCAACGAUAAGCAAUCUAUCAAAGAACAAACGCUCUACAACAGAUAUGGAAACACCAGUGGCAAGCUGUUCUUCUGUACCAAAGAAAAAAAGAGUCGCCUGCAGGAUCUUUGACGGAAAAUUUUGAAGUGUUUUGUAAAAAAUAUUUAGAAUCUAAUGUGCCGGAUCGUAUUGGAUCUUUUAUGCUAUAUUUAAAAUCAGAAAUGAGGACCCUCUCCAACAAGAAAGUGAAGAAUUUAAUACGAAAAAUAACAGAAUCCUUAAUGCAGGUACAGGAUGAGUCAGACAUAUUAUGAAACGAAAUAUCGGUUUCUCGACCAACCACUUUCGUAAAUAAUUAAACUAAAGAAAGAGAAAAAGGGAUAGAGAA